AUGUUUUAUACAUUAUUGCAUAAAAUUGCUAAUGAAUAUGCAUACCAUGUUCUCACCAUUCUACAUCAUCAGCUCACGACUAAAAAGAAGCAACCUGGUUCGUUACAACGUCCGGCAACGGAGGAAUCUAACCUCCUAGCAUUGGGUGAACUGCCUAAACCGACACGUUUUCGUCGGUCUUCUUUCGCUCUAACGGGAGAACGCCCCACCAAGUUGGAUGUUCUUGUUCAAGAGGCUGCAGAGCAUGUUACUCAAGUUGCCGCUUCCCGCGAAGCUGCAAAAAUCACAUUUGUAGUUCCUUCACCGUCAGAAGUCACUGAAUUUCAGACUAAUGGCUGCAACACUUUGGAUGAUGAUUCCGAUGAAAAUUCUCGAAAAUUUUCUGUUGCAACAACUAUUUCCGCUUCCGAUGAAUUAACAGAUAAUUUAUGUCGAUCCGUUUCAAUCCGAACUCCUGAUGGUUGUUUUCCUGUGAAUGACACUGAACCUCAACACAAGUUUGUGUGGCACAACACGGAAUCUUUCACUCAUAAUCCGUUAUCGUCGGAACUCGUGAGAAAGUACUUAGCCUUGGUCGCUACUGAAAGUUCCACUCCGGAACCAGAGAUACUGAUUUCAGUCUCCCCUCCAUCUGGUUCCCCGGCAAUGUUUGGAAACUUACCCGGGAUAAUGCAAUUGGCCACGUCCACGGUUUCUUCAAUGACAAUGCCUGUACAUCAGCUUCGACGUGCACACGCUAUGAACAUGCACUCAUCUAGAGAAAAACCAUUAUGUUCGUCUUUUAACGAUUCUUGUUCAUCGAUGCGUGGCUCGUGUUUGAGCGAUCGUCAUGCGUUAACAGACACAAACUACUCUAGUGGAGUGAGUGACACCGAGCAGUGGGGCCCCUUUGGUCAACAGAUGGGCUAUCAGUCGGAUAAUUACAUGCGAAAUGCUGCUUCCGAAGCGAAACGAUUGCGCAUGGCUGGACAGAGACUGGAAGCCGAUUUUCAUCGAUCAACCAAUUCUUUACCUCGAUCGAAAAAGUCUCGUUCACGAUCCAAGUCAGGUGCUCCUUCUAUCGAUUCCCUGCCACCAGCAGUGACACCUGCCUCGCAUCGGUCUUCGAAGUUUGAUUUGACCCAUGUUUAUGAGGGGCUUCCUGUGGUGGGUCUUGCGUCGUCAAAUGCCACUACCUCCGCGGCCGCUUCAGUUGCGUCGUCCCCUCCAUCCCGUGCUCCGUGCGUCACACCUCCGUGUUCUCCUUCCACUGGUUUCAUAGACUCAGAUCACCAGAGCUCUCUGGGAAGUACAAACGGGUUAGGUCGUCUAAAGUUAUUUUUUGAUCACUGGAAGCCACAUGUUGCAAUUGACGACGACGGUGGAAACUACAUCUACCUAGAUAAACAAGCUCAAGAGCGUCGAGUCAAUGCACGGGCGUCCAACGUGAUAGCUCCUGUUUCUUUUUAA